CGCAGGUUCCCGGAUGAGUACACGUGCUUCCGCUUACGCUCCUAGAGAACAUGGCAACGCCGGCAGCAGAAGUGUUUGCCCGAGUCGAGAAAGAAGAGGCGGAAAAGCUAAAGCUCAUCACUGUGAAUAAGGAGCUUGAUGUCGAGUUCGACCUGGGCAAUCUGUUGGCCUGUGACCCAAACGCCACCAGCGUGAGCGCCUUUCGGCAGCAGAAUAAAGAUGAGUUCUUGCGAGCUCUGGCGAGAGACAACACGCAGCUCCUUAUCAAUCGGAUGUGGACGCUUCCAACAGAGAAGCUGCAGGAGGCUAUUGUUGCAAAGCUUCCCGAGCCUGCUACACGUCUACCCAGGGAGAAGCCCGUGCCUAAGCCCAGAGCACCCACUCGCUGGGAAGAGUUUGCUAAGCUCAAAGGGAUCCAGAAGAAAAAGAAAACCAACCUGGCGUGGGACGAUGUGAACAAGGAGUGGCGAAGGCGUUGGGGCUACAAGCGGGCAAAGGACGAUACCAAAGACUGGAUGAUAGAGGUGCCACACACUGCAGAUCCCAAUGAAGACCAGUUUGCAAAGAGAAUGAAAGCUAAGAAGGAGAGGGUGGCCAAAAAUGAGCUCAACCGCCUUCGAAAUAUAGCUCGGUCUGAGAAGAUGAAGGUUCCUGGUGUGGGGCUGACGCCGACCGACCAGCCGACCAAAGCAGAGCUGGGCAAAGCCAUGCAUGUGGCCAAGGUAUCCACUGCCUCUGUGGGCAGGUUCCAGGAUAAACUCCCAAAGGAGAAGGAGCCCAGGAACAUGGGCAAGAAGAGGAAGUUUCAGCCCCUGAUAGGAGACUUCUCUGCUGAGAAAAGCAAGCAGCUAGACAUACUGAAAGUCAUGGACAGCAAGAAGCCAGUCCUGAAUAUGACUAAGGCAGUGAAUAGGCAGAUGAGGGAGGAGGAUGCAGAGGAGGCUGCCAAAAGGAGAAAGGGGGGUAAAAAAGGCAGAGGGGGGAAGCAGCAAGGUGGCAAAAAGGGAAAAGGUAAAGGACCCGGCCGAGGAAAACAUGCUAAGGGUAAAGGAAUCGGUGGGAAGAGGAAGCACAAAUAAUACUGGGACAAACACAUCCUUACUGACUUUCACAUAAUAAGUUGUAUGGUUUAUAACAUUGCAUAAUGGACUGUAUGGAUCUUCAGAAUGUGCUUCUAUUACUAUCAACCCUGCAUCUAUCUGUGCCACAUAAUCCUCUUCAUUCAAGGAAACCUUGUCAAUUCAUCUAUUUGCAGGUAGACGCUAGAAACCUUCAAGUUAAAUGAUUGUGUAUACGUUUCUCACUUUAAGGAUAUAAACUUUCAUGGGUUUUGCAUCUCUCUUCUGUUAAUGUGACUUUGUAACUCCCUCUCAUUAAAAACAUGAAUAUUGGGGGUUAUCAACUGUCUCUAUUAAAAGUUA